AUGCACGAGGAACGAUGCAAGAAAGGCCCACUAUCUAAUCGCGAAACCUCAUACCGCUUCUCGUUAACCGCUGACGCUGCCAAUGGCGCCCCUCCAAGUGUCAUCAUCAUCAACCGAUCUUCCAAGGCUCCGCCGCAGUGCUGGAAAGACGGUACAACCUCAAUCAAAGAAGGGCUUCCGCAGCUUGGAAGAAAGUACCUUGCACACUAUGCCUCGUGGAGGAGUAGCUAUUCUGGUGGAUCUGCAGUACUGCACAGUUGCUACGAGGCUGUUACGCGAUACAUUCCAGCGCCUGCGUUCGACAACAGCUUUCUCGGAGAGACACCCAGGCAAAAGGUCUUGCUCCACAGGGCCUUUAGGUUCACACAAGCUAUCGUCCACGACAUUGAAGCGGCCAAUCAAGCUGGGAUUAAGCCUACUAUAAUCUCAGUCGGCGCCGAUGGUUGGUUCUGUAGCCAGAAAGCUAUUCUUCCGUGGCUACAAGCUACUAGAUUGAGCUUCGACUUUGUCGUACGACUCAGCUGCCUGCCUUUAGGCAUAAGCGCCCAGCACGCCGAUCUUCACUACAAAGUAUGGUGGAUUUUGUACGACGUGAAGCAUAUUCGCAUGGCUCUUGAGUCUGGGCCUGGUCAAGAUCAAAAUGAGAAAGCUGACGAGCUGAUUGCGGCCUGGAAGAUGCUACAGGAUAGCAAAGACACCUCCUUCGGUAGGAAGUACGGCCGAAAUUACGUUGAUCCGAACCUCGAAUUCCCGCUGAUCGAAUGA